UACCACCGGCUCCUUGUCCCCCUCACCCAAUUCGUAUCUACAUGGGACUGCAUGAAGGCGUUGUAUGAUUCCAUAGAGGCGCACGAAGUCCUUGCUAAUUCAGGCGAAGUGCACGGAAACAUCGAUCUCAACACUAUCCUGACGGACGAGCACCGCCCCGGAGACGCGCCCCGCUCGCAGAGAGGCUACCUAUUCGACUACGAACAUCCGCGGAGGUACGCGGUGUCUCUUCCAGGCUUGGAAGAUGUGAAUUGGAGAGCGAUGGUGAGCAGCCUGCCGGCUAUGCGGAACUACAUGCCGGCGUUAGUGGAGCAGAUAAGGGGCAUGCAGUUCCAGGAAGAGAGCAACGAUGCAGGGAAAACGUGAUAGUGUGUAUUUGCUGAUGCAACAAUAUUGAUAUUGUCAAG